GUGGUGCUCAUGAAUCAGUGACGUCGGGUAUAUCCGUAAAUGCAGUCUAAGGUUAAGUGCUGAUAUUGUUUUCGUGUCUGGUUGGGUUGAAAUUAUCGUUGUCGACGCGAUUUUUUGAAAUUUCUAAAACAUGACAACUCUCAGGCCAUUUACAUGCAACGAUUUGUUCAAAUUCAACAAUUUGAAUUUGGAUCCACUUACAGAGACAUACGGGCUUAACUUCUAUACGCAUUAUUUGGCGCAUUGGCCUGAAUAUUUUAUGGUAGCGGAAUCACCGUGCGGAGAAGUUAUGGGUUACAUUAUGGGAAAGGCUGAAGGUCAUGGGGAGAAUUGGCAUGGUCACAUAACAGCACUCACAGUGUCUCCUGUGUAUAGAAGGUUAGGUCUAGCCGCAACGUUGGUAAAAUCCUUGGAAGAGCUUUCAGAAAUGAAACAAGCAUAUUUUGUGGAUCUUUUUGUAAGAGUUAGCAAUAAAGUGGCAAUCAGAAUGUACGAACAGUUAGGUUAUAUCGUGUAUAGGACUGUUCUAGAAUACUAUAACGGGGAUCCGGAUGAAAAUGCUUUUGAUAUGAGGAAAGCACUGUCAAGGGAUGUAACAAAAAAAUCGGUUAUACCAUUGACUCAUCCCGUGAGACCGGAAGAAGUAGAUUAAACGUACGUAUAAAUACUUUGUCAAGGAAACAACGUAAAAUAAAUAACACUUUUUUAAGUAUACUCGAAAUUAUUAUUAUUAUUAUUACUAUUAUUAUUAUUAGUUAUUAUUGCGAUGAAAUUUUUAACAUCUAAAGUGAAUAAAUAAUCUCUUAA